UCCGCCCUAGAGGAGGGGCAGGGAAGGCGAGAAGCGGUUGCGUUUCCUGAUUGGCUGAGCGCUUCGUGGCAGUUGGGGCGCGAAAAGCUGUUGAUAGUUCGAGGCUGUGGUGGGAAUUGCGUUUUCCUCAGAUUCGAGGCAAGGACAAGCAUUGGAAGGAAAGGAAGAAUCCAAGAAGAUUCUGGAAACAAGCUAAGGAAGCCAGUUUAUGGGUCCCGUGGACUGUCCCAGGGCUCCGAAAGACUUCUGACGAUGGAAGGACCCUCGCGGCCUAGACUGGCUAACUCCAGUGACUUCCAGUUUGGAGCAGUUGCCACAGAGACCAUCGAAAACGCUCUGCUUCACUUGGCCCAGCAGAAUGAGCAAGCAGUGAAGGCGGCGGCGGCGGAACGGAUGGGCAGCUUCAGGGAGACCCGGAUCGUGGAGUUUGUUUUCCUCCUGUCUGAACAAUGGUGUCUGGAGAAAUCUGUGAGCUACCAGGCUGUAGAAAUCCUAGAAAGGUUUAUGGUGAAGCAGGCAGAGAACAUCUGUCGGCAAGCCACAGUCCAGCUGAGAAAUCAUAAGACAGAACUGCAGAAGUGGAGGACUCUGAAAGAGCAGCUUUUCAACAAGUUCACCCUCCGCUUGGUGUCCUGUGUCCAGCUGGCCAGCAAACUGUCUUUCCACUACAAAAUAAUCAGCAACAUUACAGUCCUGAAUUUCCUCCAGGCUCUUGGUUAUAUAUGCACCAAAGAAGAACUGCUAGAAUCAGAGCUUGAUGUUUUGAAGUCCCUGAACUUCCAGAUAAAUCUGCCCACUCCUCUGGCAUAUGUGGAGAUGCUUCUUGAAGUUCUAGGGUACAAUGGCUGUUUGGUCCCAGCCACACAACUACAUGCAACUUGUCUGACCCUCCUUGACCUGGUCUAUCUUCUGCAUGAGCCCAUAUAUGGGAGCCUGCUGAGGGCUUCAAUUGAGAAUUCUACACCCAGUCAGCUGCAAGGGGAAAAGUUUAUCUCUGUGAAGGAAGACUUCAUGCUGUUGGCAGUUGGAAUCAUUGCAGCAAGCGCUUUCAUCCAAAACCAUGAAUGUUGGAGCCAGGUUGUAGAGCACUUGCAGAGCAUCACUGGCAUUGCCUCGGAAAGCAUUGCUGAGUUCUCUUACGCAAUCCUGACUCACAGCGUGGGCACGAACACUCCCGGGCAACAGCAGCCUGCUCCCCACAAGGCCGCCAGAGCUCUGCGGACUGCUGAGUCCUCUAACACAUGAGGCUGGCUAACCCCACCACACAGCCUGUCACUGUAUCCUCCUCCUCCUCUUUGUUUACUUUCAUACUCAGGGUACAAAAGUUCCAAGUUUCCUUUGAACAGCACUUUGUAUUCCAAUUUCAGGCACUUUUUUUCUGUAUCAGAGAGUUAUGGUGGACAAACAUGUCCUCUUGUGUCAUAGGAGGCUAAAAACAUCAAAGAAUUGGAGGGAGUUAGAUUAUGAAAUUGGUUCAUUUUUGUUUGACAAGACAUUUACUUUUUCUUAAUUUAAUCUAAUUAAUUGGGAACAUCAGACAUAGAGAUAAGUAUUACCCGUGGUUUUCAAACAGACUUUCAGUGACUUUGACUGGUGUCUCGGAAUAGCCUUCUUCCUUGGCUACCUACCCGAUAGCUGUUCGUUCGUUCUCUUUCUUUCUUUCUUUCUUUCUUUCUUUCUUUCUUUCUUUCUUUCUUUCUUUCUUUCUUUCUUUCUUUCUUUCUUUCUUUCUUUCUGUUUUUUUGAGACAGGAUGUCACUAUUUGGCCGUGGCUGGCUUGCAACUCACUAUACAUACCAGGCUGGGCUGGAAUUCAGAGAUCUACUUGCCUCUGCCUCCUGAGUUCUGGGAUUAAGUACCAUCAUGCCUGGCUUACUAUUUUAUUUUUUAAACUAAAAUAUGUUUCAAAAGAAUUUCUACAAAACUGACCAGAACCCAAUUCUUCCAGAAUACAAAAUACUCAAUUUUAAGGAAAAACUUACCGUCACACCUCUUGGUAAUUAACAGACCAUAGCAAAUCCUUUAUUACAAAUAAUUAAAUCUCUCCAUGUCUCAAACAGUAUCAAACACAAUUUCGUAAUUCUAACAGAUAGCAGAGUAGGCAUUCAAUACUAGAACUGUGUGAGGAAAGAGUUAAACUUCCAGCUUCUGACCCGGUUGUCAUUUUCCCACAUCAUCCAGCUGUGUGCCACCAACAUCAUCUCAAAACUUUUCUGUUUCAUAUUUUAAGUGCAGGAAGUUGAGAGAGAUAAAAUCCAGUGAAAACACAUCACUGUCAAUUCAACUAACUUAAAAAAAAAAAAAAAACAAAGCAAA